CAGGCGCAGACGCAGACGCGGGAGCCGGGCAUGUUCGCGCAGAUGGCGGCGACCGCGGGCUCCGUCGCGGUCGGCUCGACCCUCGGCCACGGCCUCUCGAACAUGCUCUUCGGCGGCUCGUCCCAUGCGGCGCCCGCUCCUGAGGCACAGGCCUUGCCCGUCCAGCAGCAGAGCUACCAGAACCAGGCGCCGAGUUGUGAGGUGCAGGCGAAGGACUUCACGCAGUGCUUGGAGAAGGCAGACCUGCCGUCGUGCACAUGGUAUCUUGAGCAGCUCAAGGCUUGCCAGGCUGCCGCUGCUCCGUACUAA